AUGGACUCUUAAUACGAGGAGGGAGAAAUAAUGACUCAGAAGAGCGAAUAGUUGGAACGCAUAAAUAGUGAAUCCUCUUUGCGUUCCCUUGUAAAUUCUUAUUUAAACAUUUAGAGUGAUACAAAUUUCGAUGAGAGAGUGCGUAAAUCUUAAUAAGAAGACCCAAGUUCUUUUUCUUACGUUUGUGCCAUCUACAAUUUCUUAGGUCAAUGUAAUCAAGUUGGUUGCAAGUAUUACAAUUCAUAUCCUUAAGGAAAAGACAUAUCCUGUUGUAAGAUGGAUUAGAGUAAUUCACUACUGAGAAUAUCCAAUUAUUAAAGUAAUUGAUCAGUAAUGGGGACAAGAUUAGAGUUCCUUAUGAAAAUUAUCUAGCCAAAGAAAAUCGCAAUAAAAAACACUAGGUAAUCAAACCUAAAGUUAUGACGAACUACAACCAAGAACUCUGUGAAAAAUACAAAAGAGCCUUAACUCAUAAAUUAAGAAAAGAUAUCGAUAAAAUGAAAGACAAACUCAAAACCAUUUGCUAUCUCAAGAAAUGGGUGAGACACAAUUUCGUAGAUGCAAGAGAUUUUAGCGAACUGUUUUAUUCUCUAAAUUCUUCCUAAUAAAUGCAUUUUAUGAACUUUUUCAAAGUUCUUGAGUUAUAGCCACCCUCAUUUCAAUGAUCGAUUAUACAUAUAAAUUUGUUUCUAUGUAUAUUUGCAACACUUACC